GCCUGGGCUGUGGGCAGAGAUGGGCACAGAAAGGCCUGGGAAAGGGAGAAGCAAGCACGGCAGUGCCCUUUGCAGGUGUCCCUUGAGGUCCCCGAUUGGUGGUAGCUGCGGUCCUGUGGCCCUGACAAAAAUGCUGUCUUCUCAGCCUAAAUUAAACUGGGUUCACCCUGGUCGCCCUUUGUCUCUCCCCCGUUCAGAAGUUUUGCUGAGGAUAUGAUGAAGAUGGAGAAGGUGGCGCAGGAGUGGACGAUGGCAGCUGGGAGGGAGCGCUGCCUCAGUGAGCACCACUCAUUGGCUUGGCUCUUGGUUCUGAUCCAAAGCAAUGAUGUUUAUUUGCAGGGAUGCACAUCACGCCCUUGGGUUAGGUCAGAAAAACCUUGCACACCGACGAUGGCCUGGGGAAGCAGCUCGUGUGGAAGACACCCCAGGGUUUCAGGAGACUCUGAGCCCUGACCAAGUUGGCAGUGUCACACUCCUGUGGAAUGGUUGCUACUAGUUGAGGCCACAGGGGAAGGGUGGGGAUGUCUGGUGCCCAGGAGGAGGGGGCUCUGUGCCAGGCAGGGCCACACAGAGCAGGGCCCUCGGGGCUGUUAGGCUCAGUUUAGGAUGGAGAAUAUGGAGGCAGGGCAGGAAGUGUCACAGAAGCUACUCUCCGUCCCCUGGAUGUGGGGCUGUCACCCGUAAGAUGAGGGCUGAUAGCAGUGGGCAACCUCCUUCCUGCUGCGACGUAGUUCCCGGGAUUAUCGCAAGAAAACCUAAGUGACUCCCCCAGGAUCACACGGCCAGUAAGUGGCAGAGCUGGGACUUGAACUCAGGUCUGUCUGACUCAAAACUGUGGACUUGGACACCAGACUAGCAUUUUCAGCGUCCCUUUCUACCGGGGCAGAACCCAGACAGAUGCGUUUCCAAACGCAUGCUGUUCAGCAGCAGAAUGGAAGUGAUGAGCACCUUUGGGGACUCACAUUCUUCCAGCCCCUGCCCCUCCAGGCUGCCCUGGGGACGCUCAGCUAACCUGUCUCUUUCUCUUUCUCUGUGACUGGCUGUCUCUCCCUCUCUGCCCUUCUUUGUGGAGGGAGAUUUUUCCCUCUUUUCUUUCCCACGGGAUGUGUGUCUCUGACUCUGGGUGUUGCUCAUCUUUUCUCUUUGUGCUUCUUUCUCCCUCCCUGUACCUAUCCCGAUCUCUCUUCAGGACCCUCCGGUGGACAUGGGUGGCGCCCUGGGGCCGGCCCUCCUGCUCACCUCACUCCUCGGCGCCUGGGCAGGGCUGGGCCCGGGGCAGGGUGAGCAAGCCAUGACGGUGGCCGUGGUGUUUGGCAGCUUGGGGCCACCGCAGGCCCAAGUUCGUACCCGCCUCACCUCCCAGAGCUUCAUGGACCUGCCUCUGGAAAUCCAGCCGCUCACCGUGGGGGUCAACAACACCAAUCCCAGCAGCCUCCUCACCCAGAUCUGCGGGCUCCUAGGUGCGGCCCGCGUCCACGGCAUUGUCUUUGAGGACAACAUGGGCACCGAGGCCGUGGCCCAGAUCCUGGACUUCAUCUCCUUCCAGACCCACGUGCCUAUUGUCAGCAUCAGUGGGGGCUCUGCUGUGGUCCUCACCCCCAAGGUGCCUGUCCAAACUCAUGUCCUCUCAUCCCUUGGGCUGGGAGCCAGGCUGCCCAGGGAGAGACUUAGGUUCUGGGCAACUGGGAUUGGCAGCGGUGACACAGCCCCCUACACCAAGCUUUGCUGUAAGGGCUUCUGCAUUGACAUCCUCAAGAAGCUGGCCAAGGUGGUCAAGUUCUCCUAUGACCUGUACCUGGUGACCAACGGCAAGCAUGGCAAGAGGGUUCGGGGCGUGUGGAACGGCAUGAUCGGGGAGGUCUACUACAAGCGGGCAGACCUGGCCAUCGGCUCCCUCACCAUCAACGAGGAGCGCUCCGAGAUUGUGGACUUCUCUGUGCCCUUCGUGGAGACGGGCAUCAGCGUGAUGGUGGCCCGCAGCAACGGCACCGUCUCCCCAUCGGCCUUCCUGGAGCCCUACAGCCCUUCGGUGUGGGUGAUGAUGUUUGUCAUGUGUCUCACUGUGGUGGCCAUCACGGUCUUCAUGUUUGAGUACUUCAGCCCUGUCAGCUACGACCAGAACCUCACCAGCGGCAAGAAGUCUGGGGGCCCAUCCUUCACCAUCGGCAAGUCUGUGUGGCUGCUGUGGGCGCUGGUCUUCAACAACUCGGUGCCCAUCGAGAACCCCCGAGGCACCACCAGCAAGAUCAUGGUCCUAGUCUGGGCCUUCUUUGCUGUCAUCUUCCUCGCCAGCUACACCGCUAACCUGGCCGCCUUCAUGAUCCAGGAGCAGUACAUCGACACUGUGUCUGGCCUCAGUGAUAAGAAGUUUCAGCGGCCUCAAGAUCAGUACCCACCCUUCCGCUUUGGCACGGUGCCCAAUGGCAGCACAGAGCGCAACAUCCGCAGCAACUACCGAGACAUGCACACCCACAUGGUCAAGUUCAACCAGCGCUCGGUGGAAGAUGCGCUCACCAGCCUCAAGAUGGGGAAGCUGGACGCCUUCAUCUAUGAUGCUGCUGUCCUUAACUACAUGGCGGGCAAGGACGAGGGCUGCAAGCUGGUCACCAUUGGCUCUGGCAAGGUCUUUGCCACCACUGGCUACGGCAUCGCCAUGCAGAAGGACUCCCACUGGAAGCGGGCCAUAGACUUGGCGCUCCUGCAGUUCCUGGGGGACGGGGAGACACAGAAGCUGGAGACGGUGUGGCUCUCGGGGAUCUGCCAGAAUGAGAAGAACGAGGUGAUGAGCAGCAAGCUGGACAUCGACAACAUGGCUGGUGUCUUCUACAUGCUGCUCGUGGCAAUGGGGCUGGCCCUGCUGGUCUUUGCCUGGGAGCACCUGGUCUACUGGAAACUGCGCCACUCAGUGCCCAACACGUCUCGGCUGGACUUCCUGCUGGCCUUCAGCAGGGGCAUCUACAGCUGCUUCAGCGGGGUGCAGAGCCUGGCCAGCCCCGCGCGGCCGCCCAGCCCGGACCUGACCGCCGGCUCGGCCCAGGCCAGCGUGCUCAAGAUGCUGCAGGCCGCACGCGACAUGGUGACCACGGCGGGCGUGAGCAGCUCCCUGGACCGCGCCGCGCGCACCAUCGAGAGCUGGGGCAGCGGCCGCCAGCGCCCCCUGUCGCCCGAGCGCUGCCACUACAGCUCCUUCCCUCGGGCCGACCGGUCGGGGCGCCCCUUCCUCCCGCUCUUCCCGGAGCCCCCGGAGCCGGAGGACCUGCCGCUACUCGGGCCGGAGCAGCUGGCUUGGCGGGAGGCCCUGCUGCGCGCGGCCUGGGCCCAGGGCCCACGCCCGAGCCACGCUUCCCUGCCCAGCUCGGUGGCCGAGGCCUUCGCCGGGUCCAGGUCGCUGCCCGCGGGGUGUGGCCGCCUGGCCUGUGGGCGCUUGGCGCAGGCGCCGCCGAUGCGGCUGCCGUCCUACUGGGAGGCCUGCCAGGAGGGCGUGUGGGCGAGGGUCCCCGCCUGGCCGCGCAGACAGCCCGCCUGCCUGCAUGCCCACGCCCACCUGCCGCUUUGCUGGGGGGUUGUCUGCCCCCCUCUGCCCCCCUGUGCCAGCCACGGCCCCUGGCUCACUGGGGCCUGGGGGCCUCCGGGGCACAGGGGCAGGACCCUGGGGCUGAGCACAGGCUACAGGGACAGUGCGGGGCUGGAAGAGGUCAGCAGGGUGGCCUGUGGGACACACGGCUUCCCUGGACCUUGUACCUGGAGGCGGAUCUCCAGCUUGGAGUCAGAAGUGUGAGGGGUCAGAGACUCUGGUUCAUGGUCAGCUGGAUUCUCUGCCUAGCGCUAUCAGGGCUAGUGGGGGCAGGUGACUUGGACUUUUCUGGCUUCUGCCUUGAAAUCCUGGCUGUGGGCCCCCAGUGACAGACGUCCUCUAUGGUCAGUUCGGUGGCCUCGGCAGUCUCAAGUCCUGGUGUGGGCUGGGUGGGCUCUUGCUGUCCUCUUAUGCAAAGCCCUUCCCACCUGUUCUGGAGUCACCGGGAGCAGUGGGGUCUCCCUGCCCCGCCAUUAGCUAGUUCUUAGUCAUGACUGCUGGGCACCUGGCGUGGGAGCAUGGAGGCUGGAACUCGGGGUUAGGGCAGGGCUGUCCCACUCCUUACUCUCCCUGUCUGGAGUCUCUUCUCGGAGCACUGGGGCAUUAAACAAAUCUUUUAC